AUGCUCUCGGUCUCCAAGCUCGCUGUUUGCUUGGGUCUCCUCGCGUCGAGUGCGAUGGGACAAUUCCAGUCGGUCGAGAAGAUCGGCGCCGACCAGAGCUACAACUUGACACUGUCGGCCGACGUCUCGACCAAGACCAUCACGCACGACAAGGCGACGUACAUUGCGCUGCACUUUAACGAGCUCGACUUGCCGCACGGCGCAUCGGUCACGGUGAGCGCGCCGGAUGGCCAGAACGCGGUCACGUACACAGGCAAGCACAGCGACUUUUACGCCGAGUUCAUUCUCGGUGACGCCGCCAAGAUUACGUACCACGCGCCGCCAGAGGGCAAGGGGGCGUCGCCCGUGAUCUCGAUCGACCGGUACGCCAGUGGGUUCCCCGAGAACAGCCAGAAGCACCCCGAGUCCAUUUGUGGCAAGGACGACACGGAAGCCGCCAUCUGCUUCAAGGACAAGGAGCCGACGCAGUACAAGAAGGCGCAGGCCGUCGCGCGUCUCUUCAUCAACGGUUCUGGGCUCUGCACCGGCUGGCUCUUUGGCUCGGAAGGCCACUUGAUCACCAACAACCACUGUAUCGGCGACGCCAGUAAGGCCACGAACGUCCUAGUUGAGUUUGACGCCGAGUGCGCGACCUGCAAUGACCCGAACAACACCAAGAAGCUCGGUUGCAAGGGCAAGGUCGUCGCCUUGAGCGUCGAGUUCAUUCACACCAACGAGGCGCUCGACUACACGCUCGUCAAAAUCAACUCCAAGAACCUCGCUUCGUACGGCUACCUCACGGCGCGCGAGUCGGGGCCUCCGAAGCGCAUUGCUGCCAAGCUCGACAAUGGCCAGCCGGGGACAAUCGAAGACAUGGGCCACACCUCGUCCGUCGACGACGAAGUGGGCUACAUGCUCGACACGGAGAGUGGCUCGUCCGGGUCGCCGGUGCUAAGUGCCAAGGACAACUCGGUCAUCGCACUGCACACUUGCGGCGGCUGCCUCAACGGCGCUACCAAGAUGGAUAAGAUUGUCAAGGACCUCAAGAGCAUCAACAAGCUCCCUAAGAACGCCCUCGACGGCGGCAACUCGCCCAAGCCCAACGACAAGCCGACGACCAAGCCGACAAAGCAACCCACGACCAAGCCGACGACGACGCGUCCAGCCACAAAGAAGCGACCCCAUUUUUGUAUCACAUCGUAA